AAUUUCAGGGGAAAAAAUCGGAUUCACAUUAACACAAUGGUGUCUUACAAGAAGCUGAACCCUGAAGAUGUCCAAUUUUCCAGUGCAAGUUUAUCAGAGGAAUCUCAUCCAGCUCAAGAGGAGGUUGCAGUGCCAGAGCAAGAGAGCGCUUCCUUGAUCCCACGUUGGUCGUCGCGCUUCGCCACCACAGCUGUGGUGAUAACUGGCUGCCUCCUGUUGAUUCUUGGUGGAGGCUGGCUGCUGCACACGAUAUACUGGCUGCACAGUCCAUCCAGCCAGCAGUCGCAUAGACCUCCACCUCCAGCUCAAGGGCAAGCAUCAUACUCCAUUUUACCAGGAGAACUGAACAGCACUGCUGCUGCUUCUCGCAACGAGGCCUGCCGUUUAAUCCCAGAGGCGUGGAGGUUUGAUUGUUACCCUGAAAGAGGGGCUGUUGUGACCCAAGAGUUGUGUGAGGCAAGAAACUGUUGCUUUAUCCCUGCUUCCUCUUCCACUGCUCGCUCAUCACGGAAAAAGGGUAUUCCCUGGUGUUUCUAUCCUUUAAAUUUCCCUUCCUACUCCCUGGCAUCACUCAAUGACACAACAACGUGCCUCAAGGGCAUGCUCGUAAAGGAGGUGAAGACUUACUACCCUGGAGACAUCCUCACAUUACAAAUGGAGAUACGACCCGAGACAGACACACGACUGCGUGUCAGGAUAACUGACCCCUCAAGUCCACGGUUUGAGGUUCCGAUCUCUGUCCCUACCUCUACCAAGAAGGCCAAAAACACGGAGUACAUCACAGAGUUUUCAAAGCAUCCGUUUGGUCUCAUCGUGAGGAGGAGAUCUACAGGAGUCGUGCUUCUGAACACCACAGUGGCUCCUCUCAUUUAUGCGGAUCAGUUCCUUCAGUUUUCCACCUCUCUGCCCUCUCAGUUCAUUUACGGCCUGGGAGAGCACCGCUCCACCUUUUUGCAUGAUGUCCACUGGAACACCCUCACCAUGUGGGCCAGAGAUGUCCCCCCGAUGGAACAGGCAAACCUGUACGGAGUCCACCCAUUUUAUCUUGCAAUGGAAGAUGGAGGGAACGCACACGGCUUCUUCCUGCUGAACAGUAACGCAAUGGAUGUGGCCCUCCAGCCCGGCCCGGCCCUCACCUGGCGCACUAUCGGUGGAAUCCUUGACUUUUAUGUUUUUCUCGGUCCUGAUCCCAGUUCAGUGGUUGAACAGUUUGUGGGCGUUAUAGGCCACCCACUCAUGCCCAUUUACUGGGCUUUAGGGUACCACCUGUGUCGCUGGGGCUAUGGCAGCAGUAAUUCUACCUGGGAAGUUGUUAAGAAGAUGAGGAAUUAUGGAAUACCUCAGGAUGUCCAGUGGAAUGACAUUGACUACAUGGACCAGGCCAAGGACUUCACGUUUGAUCAAACAAAGUUUGACACGCUUCCUGACCUUGUUAAAGACCUGCACACUCACAACCAGACCUACGUCAUAAUCGUGGACCCAGCUAUCAGCAGCACACAACCCGAGGGAUCGUACUGGCCUUUCGAUGAGGGACUGAAGAGAGACGUUUUUAUCAAAGACUUCAAGGGGAAAACACUUUUCGGGAGGGUGUGGCCUGGUCUGACAGCCUAUCCUGAUUUCUCUGCUGAAGUGACGCAUGAAUGGUGGUACGACAACCUGCGCAGGUUCCAUGAGAAGGUCCCUUUUGAUGGAUUAUGGAUUGACAUGAACGAGCCCUCAAACUUCCUGGAUGGAUCAACAAAAGGCUGUCCAUCAAACAGUCUUGAAAAUCCACCUUAUACUCCAGGCGUGCUGGGAGGUUUGCUGAGAUCCAAAACAGUGUGUACCUCUGCACAGCAGAAUCAAUCCACACAUUAUAAUCUGCAUAAUCUCUAUGGACUGAUGGAAGCUAAAGCCACUGCAAGCGCUCUGAAGCGGAUUUUGUCUAAGAGACCUUUUGUGAUCUCUCGCUCCACCUUCCCCAGUCAGGGGAUGUACUCUGGUCACUGGCUGGGAGACAACAGGAGCCUGUGGAAAGAGCUUUACACUUCGAUCUCAGGUAUCUUGACCUUUAACCUUCUUGGCAUUCCGUUGGUUGGAGCAGAUAUCUGUGGCUUCAGUGAGGAGCCACAGGAGGAACUGUGUAUUCGCUGGACUCAGCUGGGAGCGUUCUAUCCUUUCGCGCGAAACCAUAACUCCAUUGGCACGCAGCCUCAGGACCCGACAGUUUUCAGCCCGUUCGCUCGUACAGCCAUGAAAGAGGCUCUGCUGCUGCGUUACUCCCUCUUUCCUUUCCUCUACACACUCUUCCAUCACGCACACGUACACGGACACACUGUUGCACGGCCAAUAAUGUUUGAGUUUCCAAAAGAUGUAAAAACGUACGGGGUUGACAAACAGUUCCUUUGGGGAAAGAGUUUGUUAGUGACACCCGUGUUGGAUCCUGGAGUUGACUAUGUGGACGGUUACUUCCCCGAGGGUGUGUGGUACGACUACUUCACGGGUGACUCUGUGCGCAGCAAAGGAGAAGUGCUUCGGCUCGAUGCGCCGUUAGACAAGAUCAACGUACAUUUACGAGAAGGUUCUGUUGUACCAACGCAGGCACCCAACCUGACUCUGUGGAUAAGCAGCGGCCAGCCUCUGCACCUGGUCUCGGCUCUUUCUGAUGAUGGUUCUGCCAGUGGAGAUCUGUUCUGGGACGACGGGGAGACCGUGAACACCUACGAGACCAACCAGUACACCUACGUCAUCUUCAGCGUCGCUCAGAAUAUGAUGACAUCCCAGGUGCUCCACAGCCAACAGGAAGCGUCAUUCCUGACUGUAGGCUCCGCAUCUUUCUACGGUGUCCAGGAGAAGCCAAAUAAAGUGCUGGUGAAUUUCCAAGAUGUACCGUUCACCUACAGAGUCAACCAGGUCUUGUCAGUCACAGAUCUGGGUCUGAACCUCAUCCAGAACUUCACCAUCAGCUGGACGUAAUGAUUUUACUUUUUGUUUACUGUCGUAGUCACAAGCUGAUCCAGAGGAGGCAGUGUGAGCGUAAGGACAGAUGCACAUUGUGUUUUUUUGUAUCAUUUUUUAUUUUACGCUUCGCAACACUGGAUGUCAACGAGAACGCCUAAUAAUUGUGACACUUUGUAGCUAAGACCCACUUUCAGAGAGCAGCAUUUCAUUUUGCUGUCUGGUUUAAGCUCAGAGCCUGAAUUGCAUAAGAGGAAAAUGUAUUUUCCAGUGACGUACAGCGCACGUGAGAGCACCAUUUGAACAAAAGGCUU